GCUGCAAUGUGUGCUUCACACCAUGUGUGCGGCUUUAAUUUGCUCAGUAAUCCUGUGUCCAGGUGGAGAGGGCUGCAUCCCUGAAAUCCACCUUCAGCUGAGUCAGAUACCAGAGGAUUAAGGGCUGGAUGCUCAGAGCCUCCCCUGAAUCUUUCACAUUUUCCCUUGAGAGCAGAUACACACACACACACACACUCAGACGUUACCAUGAACCAGAAGGUUGUUCUCAUCACUGGCUGCUCCUCUGGCAUCGGCCUGUCUCUGGCAGUCCGCAUCGCAAUGGAUGAAAAAAAGAGAUUCAUGGUGUAUGCUACCAUGAGGAACCUCAGUAAAGGGGGGCCCCUGGUGGAAGCAGCAGGCCGGACACUGGGAAGGACCCUGGAAAUAAAACAGCUGGAUGUGUGCAAUGAGAAGUCCAUCAAGGCUUGUGUGGAUAGCAUCCCAGAGAGGAGAAUCGACAUCCUCAUUAGCAAUGCUGGGAUGGGUCUGAUUGGGCCCAUCGAGUGCCAGACCAUAGAGGAAAUGAAGACCGUCAUGGACACCAACUUCUUUGGCCUGGUGCGUCUCCUGAAGGAGAUUCUCCCAGACAUGAAGAGGAGGAAGAGUGGUCAUAUCGUGGUCAUCAGCAGUGUCAUGGGCAUUCAGGGUGAGAGAGACUGCAAUGAGGAUUGUGUUUCAAAUGUCUUAGAAGCAAAGCAAAGUUUUGUUUUAAUGGGGUAUUGUCUUAUUUCCACAGGCAUAUUGUUUAAUGACAUUUAUGCAGCAUCCAAAUUUGCUGUAGAGGGGUUCUGUGAGAGCCUGGCUGUCCAAGCAUUGAGGUUCAAUCUAAACAUAAGCCUCAUUGAGCCUGGCCCAGUGGUGACAGAAUUUGAGCGCAAAGUCUAUGAAGAAGGCAUGAAGACGGACUUAUCAAAAGCAGACAAAGUGACAGCUGACAUGUUUACCAACAUCUACCUGAAGAACUAUAAUCAGAUCUUUUCCAGUCUUGGACAGACACCAGAGGACAUAGCAGAGCACACACACAAGAUCAUCACCAUGGAAAAUCCACCAUUCCGUCACCAAACCAACACCCUGUACACGCCCAUGACAACCCUGAAAUAUGCUGACCCUAAUGGUGAUCUGCCCAUCGAUACCUUCUACAAGAUGGUGUUUGAGCAUGAUAAAGUCUUCAACGCCAGCCUCAAUUUCCUCAAGCUGCUCCGCUGGAGGAGUCGCAAGAGCUUUACUCUGGACAAACCUCAAUCAUAGAGCUUUACUGUUCUUCAGUUUAUCUUGCACUGUUAUUUAA